GCCAAACUCAGGACGGCAGGGAUCCUGGGGCAAUCUGGGGAGCGGGAGCGGGCCAGCAAAUGCCGGUGCGGAGACAACAAACGGGGGCCGCUCAAACCCCCCCCCCCGGCUUCGCGAUCGCGGUGCAGUUGCUGACCCCGAGAGUGCUCGGCUGGGGCUUCUCGGGUGUCAGCCACGGCCCUUCGUUUUUUCCCUUUCCCUCGGCAAGAUCCCCACGGUCUUGACUUCCUUCGCUCUUCAUGGAAUAACCCCAUUCCUGCGCCUGCGAUCCCCGCUGCUGUAAAGCAUUGCUUCCAGAGCCGCCAGCCUCGAACCAGCAGCCCGUAGUUCACUGCAUUUUACAUUUCACCAACAGAGAAUAGACCAUGGUCUUCCACCCUCCAUCGUGGGUCCCAAAGCUACCCUUCGACCCUCCGGGCUCAAUACCGAUCCAUGAGUUCUGGGGCGACGAGAGACAUGGGCGUCUGCCAUUUGACCGAUCUCGGAACCCUUUCACCUGUGGCCUCACAGGCAAGACGUACACGAAUCGCGAAGUCGCCUCUCGUGUCAACCAUCUCGCCCGGGCCCUUUCCAAACGGCUCGGCUGGCGUGUCAACGAUGACACCCCCUGGGACAAAGUGCUGAAUGUCUAUUCCUUGAACUCGAUCGACUACGUGACGGCAUCCUUCGCGGUCCACAGGCUCAAUGGCAUCUCCACGCCCGCCAACGCCAUGUACUCUGCCUCGGAACUCGAGUACCAACUCAAGACAUCCGGCGCAAAGGCAAUCAUCACCUGCGUGCCGCUACUCGAGACCGCCCUCAAAGCCGCCAAGACCGCCGGGAUCAGCGAGGAUCGCAUCUUUCUGAUGGACGUAGCUGGGUUUUCCGCGCCCAAGGACGCAAAGUUCAAAACUCUCGGCCAGCUGAUAGAAGAGGGCCAGGAGGAGCCAGAGCUUCCUCCAGUGUCCUGGACCGUGGGCCAAGGCGCGCGGCAGGUUGCCUUUUUGUGCUUCUCGAGUGGGACCUCUGGACUUCCUAAAGCCGUGAUGAUUGCCCAUCGGAACGUCAUUGCCAACCUGAUGCAGCUUAGGUGGCACGAGGAGCCAGGCCGGAGGGCUAAGGGUAUUGAGACGCAGGCCCAGAUGGGCCUCUUACCCAUGUCGCAUAUCUACGGCCUCGUCGUUAUCGCGUUAGGGGCGAUGUAUCGAGGCGACGGGACGGUUGUGUUGCCCAAAUUUGAGCUGCAGACUUUGCUCAAAUGUGUCCAGCAGUACAAAGUCAACUUUAUGCACCUGGUCCCACCCAUAAUCAUCCAGCUCCUCAAGAACCCCGAAGUAUGUUCCAAAUACGACCUGAGCAGCCUGCAGUUCAUCUACACCGGUGCGGCGCCCCUUGGUGGCGAGACCCACGAGGCCGUCGAGCGGUCUUUCCCGGGCGUCAAAGUCGGCCAGGGCUACGGCAUGACCGAGACUUCCACGCUCGUCAUCAGCAGCGGGCAGAACGACGUCAUGGUCGGGACAUCGGGGAGUCUGGUCCCUGCCACGCGGGCGAAGCUGCUCGACGAGGAAGGCCACGAGAUCACCAAAUGCGACAAGCGCGGCGAGCUACUGAUCCAGUCGCCCUCGGUGACGCUGGGGUAUCUGAACAACGAGAGGGCCACGACCGAGGCGUUCAUACAUGACGAGGACGGCCGGUGGAUGAGGACUGGCGAUGUCGCUGUCGCAAUCAGGGCACCCUCAGGGAACAUCCACUUGGCGAUUGUGGACCGGCUGAAGGAGCUUAUUAAAGUCAAGGGAAACCAAGUAGCGCCUGCUGAGCUCGAAGCCCACCUCCUCACGCACCCCGCGGUGGCGGACUGCACUGUUAUCCCUGUCCCCGACGAGAGCGCUGGUGAGGUGCCCAAGGCGUUUGUCGUGAAAGCAAAGAGCUUCGCCGACAAGCCGGACGCAGAAGUCGCAAGGGAGAUUGCCAAGCACGUUGAAGACCACAAGGCGCGGUACAAGUGGCUCAAGGGCGGCAUUGAGUUCAUCUCGGAGGUUCCCAAGAGUCCGAGCGGCAAGAUUUUGAGGAGGAUGCUGCGGGACAAGGAGAGGGAGGCGAGGCGUGCGAAGGGAGCGAAGCUGUAGUUUUGGUUCCUCAAAGCUUUGGUCUAGAUACCGAUGACCGCAGUGCCGACCUUGGACGAUUUGUGCCUCGGUAUAUAGAUGUGUCAGAUUUCCAACACAGCGUGUUCCAAGCUUCACUGUCCACAUCCAAUCCCCCUCCAAUAAGCGAUAAAUAGGCACUGCGAUUUGUCACAUCUCCAGUUCGCCACCGUGAUGGUGCUA